UGAUAUUGUCACGAAAUUUGAAGAUAUUACUGAGGAUGAUAGAAAACUACUAGUAGAUCAAUAUGAAUAUUUUAGUACAAUGGACAUUACACUAAAGUAUGAUAAUUGGCGUCGUGAUGUGAUAUUAAAAUCAAUUCUCCCAGAAGAUAUUGAAGUUCCUACAGCGUACAGUUUAGUAGGACAUAUUGUACAGUUGAAUUUACGUGAUGUACAUUUGCCAUACAAAUCUAUUAUUGGUCAGAUAUUUCUCGAUAAGACUGCGAAUGCACGAACAGUAGUAAAUAAAAUAGAUACAAUUAAUACAUCGUUUCGAUAUUUUGCUAUGGAAAUCCUAGCAGGUGAAAGAAAUACAAUAACAUCUGCAAAAGAACAUGGUUGUACAUAUCAGUUUGACUUUGCGCAAGUGUACUGGAAUCCACGUUUAUCUACUGAACAUUCACGAAUUAUAACAUUUAUGACCGAAGGUGAUAUUCUAUAUGAUGUAUUUGCAGGAGUAGGACCCUUUGCAAUUCCUGCCGCACGUAAAAAAGUCCAAGUAUUUGCUAAUGACUUAAAUCCUGAAUCUUACAAAUGGCUUCAAAAAAACGCUCUUAUUAACAAGAACAAUAUGUCGCAACAAAUACGUCAUUUUUAUACAGCAAGUUUGAUAGUUGUAGGAGAUGAAAUUUUACGUGGACAAAUAAUUGAUACCAAUACAUCAUAUCUGGCACAAAAUUUAACUGCUGCUGGAAUAAAACUACAGAAAGUUAUAAUGGUCUCUGAUAUCGUGGAUGAUAUUGCUAAAGAAAUACGCAAUACAUCAAAGGAGUAUUCUGUUGUAUUUACAUCUGGUGGUGUUGGACCUACUCAUGAUGAUGUAACUUAUGAGGCUGUAGCAAAGGCUUUUGAACUAAAACUUGAAUUAAAUCAGAAAUUAUUUGAUAUAUACACUCGAAUGAUUCCUAAUCAGGCCGAAAUAAAACGACUUGCUAUUGUUCCCAAUGCAUGCAAGAUUAUCAACAUUGAUUCAGAGGCUUUUCCAAUAAUAAAUAUAAAAAAUGUUUACGUGUUACCUGGUUCCCCAAAGUACUUUAAGCCUGCUGCAGAUACAAUAAUUUCUCGUUUGAAAGGAAGCACGCCAUUUCACUUUGAACAUAUAGAUAUUGCAUUGAAUGAACUAUCAAUAGUAAACAUUUUAGAUAAACAAGCAAAACGAUGGGAUGGUAAAAUAAAAAUUGGUAGUUAUCCUCAAUAUGAAUUGCAAACAUCUUUUACGAGAAUCACUUUAGAAGGACCUGAAGAAACAAUUGCAGAACGAUUGCUAGGAUGGAACGUCCCUACUGAGGAACUGAUUCAUAUACCAGAACAUUGGCUGAUCUAUCCUGAACCCAAUCCUUCUCUUCACUAUUUACUAGCCAUUCUAUACAUAAUUUUCACCUUUGUAGCGUUACUCGGAAAUGGACUUGUUAUCUGGAUAUUUUGCUCAGCCAAAUCGUUAAGAACAUCUUCAAAUUUGUUUGUGGUGAAUUUGGCAUUUUGCGAUUUCUUCAUGAUGCUCAAGGCACCGAUAUUUAUAUAUAAUUCCUUUAAUACCGGAUUUGCUACUGGUCAUUUAGGAUGUCAAAUCUUUGCCUUUAUGGGUUCGCUUAGUGGAAUUGGAGCUGGUAUGACAAAUGCUGCUAUAGCGUAUGACAGAUACAGUGUUAUAGCUCGACCACUUGAUGGGAAACUAUCUCGCGGUCAAGUGAUACUCUUUAUUGUACUUAUCUGGGCGUACACAAUUCCAUGGGCCUUGAUGCCAAUAAUGCAUGUCUGGGGUCGAUUUGUGCCUGAAGGUUUCUUGACAAGCUGCACUUUCGAUUAUUUGACAGAUAGUCCAGAAAUAAAAUAUUUUGUGGCCACGAUAUUUACCUUCUCUUAUUGUAUACCAAUGUUACUCAUCAUAUAUUAUUAUAGUCACAUUGUCAGCCACGUUAUUGAUCACGAGAAAGCUCUUCGUGAACAAGCAAAGAAGAUGAAUGUCGAAAGUUUGAGAAGCAAUGUCGGUGCAAAUACUCAAACUAUGGAAAUACGUAUAGCUAAGGCUGCAAUAACAGUAUGCUUCCUCUUUGUUCUCUCGUGGACUCCAUACGGAGUUCUCGCGAUGAUCGGUGCUUUUGGAGAUAAGACAUUAUUAACUCCUGGUAUCACAAUGAUACCGGCAUGCACAUGUAAAUUUGUGGCCUGUUUGGAUCCAUAUGUAUAUGCCAUAAGUCACCCAAGAUACAGACUAGAACUGCAAAAACGAUUACCAUGGUUAGAAUUGCAAGAAAAAUCUGUGGACACGCAGGGUUCUACAUCCGAAGUAGUGAAUAUGCCAUCAUCUUAAAUCUUGUUUAAUUUUAUCUUAAACAGUAACUAUUUAAUUAUGAAUGAUCAAUUGCUAUAGUCAUCAUUAAGAUUAUGUUCUUUAUUACUGCAGUAAUAAAAUGAUUGCGUAGUCUAUAUCAAUGUAGUUACAAGUAAUUGUAAAUAUAUAAAUGUGAAUAAUGUAAGCUCUUAAUAAAUACAAUAUUGUUCAAUCUUCCUAUUCUUUGUUACGAUCAUGUUUAUUGCUAAUGUGUGAUACUUCUUAUCUGUUACAUAAAAGACAAUAUUGACAUCAGGCGUGUAAUUGUA